AUGAGUCAAUCUACUACUAUACAAGGUCGUCCACCUUAUCCACCAUUUACAAAAGAGAGUGCUAUACAAAAAGUUCGUGCUGCUGAAGAUGCUUGGAAUAGUCGUGAUCCACAACGUGUUUCAUUGGGUUAUAGUGAAGACAGUUAUUGGCGAAAUCGUUCUGAAUUUAUCAAUGGUCGUGAAGAAAUUGUUACAUUUCUUACAUGUAAAUGGAGAAAAGAAAUAGACUAUCGUUUAAUUAAAGAAUUAUGGGCUUAUAAUGAAAAUCGUAUUGCUGUUCGUUUUGCUUAUGAAUGGCAUGAUGAUUCAGGUAAUUGGUUUCGAUCUUAUGGAAACGAAAAUUGGGAAUUUAAUGAACAUGGUUUAAUGAUUCAACGUUAUGCUUCAAUCAAUGAUUUACCAAUUGAAGAAGGAGAACGUAA